AUGGCAGUCUCCACUCAGCUGGGUUUACUGCUUUGGAAGAACUUCACCUACCGACGGAGACAGACUAUUCAGUUGCUGAUUGAGAUCAUCUGGCCACUGUUCAUCUUCUUUAUCCUGAUCUCAGUCAGAAUUCACUAUCCACCCUAUGAGCAACAUGAAUGCCACUUUCCCAACAAGGCCAUGCCCUCAGCUGGCACUCUGCCCUGGGUACAGGGCAUCAUCUGCAACGCCAACAACCCCUGCUUUCGCUCCUCAACACCUGGAGAGAGUCCAGGGGUGGUAGGAAACUUCAAUGACUCUAUAAUCUCCCGUCUCUUCACUGAUGCUAAGAAGAUCCUGCUGUACACUCAGAAUGAUAAGAGCUACGAGGGCUACAAGGGGCUGCUCAGGGCUCUCAGGAAGCUGCAGAAAAACACAGCUCGUUUCAAACUGAAAGACUUCUUGAGAGACAAUGAGACGCUUUCCCAUUUCCUUCACCACAAUGCCUCACUUCCUCGUCAUGCACUGAAACAGAUUGUAGAGGCUGACGUCAAUCUGGAGAAGGUGCUCACUAAAGGUUUUGGUUUUCAUCUGAGAGACCUCUGUAACACCACUCCGCUGGAAGAGUUUGUCCACAUUGCUGACCGCAACGUGUCCCAUUUGACACAAGAAAUCAUCUGCAAGUCCUCCAGCGACUGGCUAGACAAGGCCCAGAACCACUUCCUCUCCAACUUGGACUUUCUCAAGCCAAUUCGGAAGGAUGUGAGGUCAGACCCCAAAGUUGUACAGGAAGUCUCAGCUGCAACCGACAAUCUUCUGGAAAGCCUUGGCGCACUGGCAGUGGAGCUUGCCAGCAUGAAGAGUUGGAAGGAUAUGCGAAAGGAGAUCCUGUACCUAACUGCAAAUGCAACAGGCUCUCCAAACCAGAUGUAUCAGGCUGUGUCACGUAUCGUUUGUGGACACCCAGAGGGAGGCGGACUCAAAAUCAAGUCCCUAAACUGGUACGAAGACAACAACUACAAGGCCCUGUUCGGAAACCAUGGCAAUGACAGUGACAAUGAACCUCUCUCCACUUAUGACAACUCUUCCACUCCGUAUUGUAACAAUAUGAUGCGGAGCCUGGAGUCCAGCCCAAUUUCCAGGAUGAUCUGGAGGGCUCUGAAGCCUCUGCUCAUGGGGAAGAUCCUCUACACCCCAGAUACUCCAGCAACACAGAGAAUAAUUCACGAGGUUAAUAAAACUUUCCAGGAGCUGGGUGUGCUCAGGGACCUCGGAGGGAUGUGGGAAGAGAUGAGACCCAAAAUUUGGAACUUCAUGGAGAGCAGCGAGGAAAUGGACCUGGUUAGGACUUUGCUCCAAAAUAAUGCCAGUGCUGUGUUCUUCAACACCCAGCUCAGUGAGACUGAGUGGCGUGUGUCAGAUGUGUCACACUUCUUAUCCAAGGCCUCAGAGGACCAAAGAACUGCAGGAUCAGCUUAUACCUGGAGAGACAUUUUCAAUGAGACUGAUCAGGCCAUACAAACCAUCUCCCGCUUCAUGGAGUGUGUAAACCUGGACAAGCUGGAGCCAGUUGCUAAUGAGGAGCGAUUGGUCAACAAGUCAAUGGGUCUUCUCAACAACCAAAAGUUCUGGGCUGGAAUUGUGUUUCCUGACAUCACUCACGGCAGCAGCCCUGACCUGCCUCCCAAUGUCAACUACAAAAUUCGUAUGGACAUUGACAACGUGGAGAGGACGAAUAAGAUUAAAGAUGGGUAUUGGGAUCCUGGUCCCAGGGCAGACCCUUUUGAGGAUCUGAGGUACAUCUGGGGUGGAUUUUCCUACCUGCAGGAUGUCAUUGAGCAGGGAAUCAUCAGAGCUGUCACUGGAACAAAAGAGAGGACAGGAAUCUAUAUUCAGCAGAUGCCCUACCCUUGUUAUGUUGAUGACAUUUUUCUGCGGGUGAUGAGUCGAUCGAUGCCUCUCUUCAUGACUUUGGCAUGGAUGUACUCAGUGGCCAUCAUCAUCAAGGGUGUGGUUUAUGAGAAGGAAGCGCGGCUCAAGGAGACCAUGAGGAUCAUGGGACUGAACAACGGCAUCCUGUGGCUUAGCUGGUUCAUCAGCAGCUUAAUACCUCUGCUGAUCAGUGCUGGCUUGCUGGUGAUGUUACUGAAGAUGGGCAACCUGCUGCCUUACAGCGAUCCAGGCGUUGUGUUUCUCUUCCUGGGAUCCUUUGGUGUUGUAACCAUCAUGCAGUGUUUCCUCAUCAGCACUCUGUUCUCUCGUGCCAACUUGGCAGCUGCCUGUGGUGGGAUCAUCUACUUCACUCUCUACCUUCCUUAUGUGCUGUGUGUCGCCUGGCAAGACUACGUGGGCUUUGGAGCAAAAGUUUUUGUGAGUCUGCUGUCUCCUGUGGCUUUUGGGUUUGGCUGUGAGUACUUCGCUCUGUUUGAAGAGCAAGGGGUGGGAAUCCAAUGGUCCAAUUUGCUGGCCAGCCCUCUGGAGGAAGACAGCUACAAUCUGACCACUUCGAUCUGUCUCAUGCUGUUUGAUGCAGUGCUCUAUGGAAUUAUGACCUGGUACAUCGAGGCUGUAUUCCCUGGUCAGUAUGGCAUCCCCAGACCUUGGUAUUUCCCCUUCACUAAGACAUAUUGGUGUGGGGAGAAAGAGAACAAAAACAUCUCCACUCCUCUGUCAAAGAAAGGCAAUGCUGAAGCUGUGUGUAUUGAGGAGGAGCCAAGCCAUAUAGAUCCAGGUGUAUACAUUGAGAAUCUGAUAAAGGUUUAUAGCCACGGAAACAAGCUGGCUGUAGACGGACUGACCCUGAGAUUCUAUGAAGGACAGAUCACCUCCUUCCUUGGUCACAAUGGAGCUGGCAAGACCACAACCAUGUCAAUCCUGACGGGGCUGUUCCCACCCACCUCUGGUACAGCCUACAUCCUCGGCAAGGACAUCCGCAGUGAACUCAGCACCAUCCGGCAAAAUCUGGGCGUCUGUCCCCAGCACAAUGUACUUUUUAGCAUGCUGACAGUAGAGGAGCACAUCUGGUUCUAUGCUCGCCUUAAGGGGCUGCCGGAAGAGAAGGUGAAGGCUGAGAUGGAGCAGAUUGUAAAUGACGUAGGACUGCCUCACAAACGGCAGUCCCGCACCAGCACUCUGUCAGGUGGGAUGCAGAGGAAGCUAUCAGUAGCCCUGGCUUUUGUUGGGGGGUCAAAGGUUGUGAUCCUGGAUGAACCCACAGCUGGGGUUGAUCCUUAUGCACGCAGAGGCAUUUGGGACCUGCUGCUCAAAUACAGACAAGGUCGCACCAUCAUCCUGUCCACCCACCAUAUGGAUGAAGCUGACAUCCUGGGUGACCGUAUUGCCAUCAUUUCACACGGUAAGCUGUGCUGCGUCGGCUCCUCGCUCUUCCUGAAGACCCAUCUGGGAACCGGCUACUACCUGACCCUGGUCAAGAGAGACUACGACCUGACCCUUCAGUCCUGCAGGAAUUCUGCCAGCACAGUGUCCUACAGCAAGAAGACAGAGAAGGAGGACAGCGUAUCAGAGAGCAGUUCAGAUGCAGGUCUGGGCAGUGAACCAGAGAGUGAAACCACCACAAUCGAUGUGUCCCUUAUCUCCAAUGUGAUUUUCAAGCAUGUCCCCGAGGCUCGGCUGGUGGAGGACCUGGGCCAUGAACUCACCUAUGUCUUGCCCUACCAGUCAGCGAAAGACGGAGCCUUUGUAGAGCUGUUCCAUGAGCUGGACGACCGGCUCACUGACCUGGGAAUAUCAAGCUAUGGAAUAUCAGACACAACCCUGGAGGAGAUAUUCUUGAAAGUGGCUGAGGACAGUGGAGUGGAUUCUGUUGAGCUUUCGGAUGGGGUUGUACCGACCAGGACUCGUCGUCGUCAUGCUUUUGGAGACCACCAGAGCUGCCUGAAGCCCUUCACUGAGGAUGACUUUGAUUUCAACGACUCUGAAGGUGAUCCAGAAUCCCGUGAGACAGACUGGCUCAGUGGAACAGAUGGUAAAGGUUCGUACCAGGUCAAAGGCUGGAGCCUGAAGAGACAGCAGUUUGUUGCUCUACUGUGGAAACGAUUUCUCUACGCUCGGCGCUCUCGGAAAGGCUUUUUUGCUCAGAUUGUUCUUCCAGCAGUGUUUGUCUGCAUUGCACUGAUAUUUAGUCUGAUUGUUCCUCCAUUUGGAAAGUACCCCAGUCUGGCUUUGCACCCCAGCAUGUAUGGAGAGCAGUUUACCUUUAUCAGUAAUGACAUGCCUGAAGACCAACAUACCAACAAACUACUGGGAGCUCUGACAGAAAAUCCAGGAUUUGGAACACGCUGCAUGGAAGGAGAACCUAUUCCGGACACUCCUUGUACUGCAGUGCAGGAUGAAUGGUCGAUCCCACAAGUCUCUCAAAGUGUGAAGGACAUGUUUGAUAAUGGAAACUGGACCAUGGAGAAUCCAUCUCCUCUGUGCGAGUGCAGCUGUGAAGGGCGCAAGAGGAUGCUGCCGGAGUGUCCUGCUGGGGCUGGUGGACUUCCUCCACCACAGAUGAAGAUCAGUGAGAAAGACACUCUUCAGAAUUUAACCAGCAGAAAUGUCUCAGACUAUCUGGUUAAAACCUACGCUCAGAUUAUUGGCAAGAGCCUGAAGAACAAGAUUUGGGUCAACGAGUUCAGAUACGGAGGAUUUUCACUGGGCGCCAGGAGUUCUCAGGUUCUGGCCUACAGAGAUGAAAUUGAUGACGCUAUUGUUCAGCUGAGGAGACGCUUCCGCCUAGAGAGAGGAACAGCAGCAGAUCGUUUCUUCCGCAGUCUCUCUAGUUUUGUCGAAGGAUUGGACACCAAGAAUAACGUCAAGAUCUGGUUUAACAACAAGGGUUGGCACAGCAUUGGCUCUUUCCUCAAUGUGAUGAACAACGGCAUCCUGAGGGCAAGUCUCCCAGCUGGCAAAGACCCCUCAAAGUUUGGCAUCACUGCCUUCAAUCACCCAUUAAAUCUCACCAAAGAGCAGCUGUCACAGGUUGCAUUGAUGACGACAUCAGUGGAUGUGCUGGUUUCCAUUUGCGUCAUCUUCGCCAUGUCCUUUGUCCCAGCCAGUUUUGUGGUGUUCCUCAUCCAGGAGAGAGUAAACAAGGCCAAACAUAUGCAGUUUAUCAGUGGAGUGCAGCCUUUCCUCUACUGGCUGGCCAACUUUGUGUGGGACAUGUGUAACUACAUCGUCCCAGCCACACUGGUUAUCAUCAUCUUCAUAUGUUUCCAACAAGACGCCUACGUGUCCUCCACCAAUCUGCCUGUUCUGGCCCUGCUGCUGCUGCUUUACGGAUGGUCUAUCACACCGUUGAUGUACCCAGCCUCGUUCUUCUUCAAGAUCCCCAGCACAGCCUAUGUUGUUCUGACCAGCGUCAACAUACUGAUAGGAAUCAACGGCAGUGUCUCCACGUUUGUCCUGGAGCUGUUUGGAAGCAAUGAAAUUGGUGGCAUCAAUGACAUCCUGAAGAACGUGUUCCUCAUCUUUCCACACUUCUGCCUGGGUAGAGGACUUAUCGACAUGGUUAAGAACCAGGCAAUGGCUGAUGCUUUGGAGAGAUUCGGUGAAAACAGGUUCCGCUCCCCACUGGCCUGGGACAUGGUGGGAAAGAACUUGUUUGCGAUGGCUAUAGAGGGUGUCAUCUUCUUCUUCAUCACUGUCCUGAUUCAGUACCGUUUCUGCUUCAAGGCCAGGUCGUCCACCAGUCAUCUGAAGCCUAUUGGAGAAGAAGAUGAGGAUGUGGCCAGAGAACGACAGAGGAUCCUGAGCGGAGGAGGACAAACCGACAUUCUUGAGCUCCGACAACUUACCAAGAUUUACAAACGGAAACAAAAGCCAGCAGUGGACAGACUGUGUGUUGGCAUCCCCCCUGGAGAGUGUUUUGGUUUGCUCGGGGUGAACGGGGCAGGGAAAACCAGCACUUUCAAAAUGCUGACAGGAGACUCAGUAGUCACCAGUGGAGAGGCCUACCUGGCUGGAAAGAGCGUAACAACAGAGAUAGAUGAGGUGCAUCAGAACAUGGGCUACUGUCCUCAGUUUGACGCCAUCAAUGACCUGCUGACGGGAAGAGAACACCUUGAGUUUUAUGCCAUCUUGAGAGGAGUGCCUGAGAAGGAAGUUUGUGAGGUGGCAGAGUGGGGCAUCCGAAAACUGGGCUUGGUCAAAUACGUGGACAAGUCGGCAGGCAGCUACAGUGGAGGAAACAUGAGGAAACUAUCCACUGCCAUCGCUCUCAUUGGAGGACCACCUGUUGUCUUCCUGGAUGAACCGACAACAGGCAUGGACCCCAAGGCCCGUCGGGCUCUGUGGAACGCCAUCCUGAGCAUCAUCAAAGAGGGACGAUCUGUGGUCCUCACCUCACACAGCAUGGAAGAAUGUGAAGCACUUUGCACCAGAAUGGCCAUCAUGGUCAACGGCAGGUUCCGCUGUCUGGGCAGUGUGCAGCACCUGAAAAACCGGUUCGGUGAUGGCUACACCAUCAUCCUGCGGGUAGCGGGGCCGGACCCCGACCUGAAGCCGGUCAUGGAGUUCAUUGAGCGGGAGUUGCCAGGGAGCACGCUGAAGGAGAAACACCGCAACAUGCUGCAGUACCAGCUACCCUCAUCCCUCACAUCCCUCGCUCGCAUCUUCUCCCUGCUCUCCAAGAACAAGGAGGCGCUCAGCAUAGAGGACUACUCUGUCUCUCAGACUACAUUAGACCAAGUGUUUGUUAAUUUUGCCAAGGACCAAAGUGAUGAGGACCAUUUGAAAGACGUUCACCUGAGUAAGCGAGACGCUGUGGUAGUGGACAUUUCACAGUUAAACUCCUUCCUCAUGGACAACAAGACGAGGGAGAGCUGUGUCUGAUUCCACAACAUCCCACCAGUGGGAGCCGCCAAUAUACUUCACCCAGCCUCCCCCACCACCAGUACAUAUGGACCACUAACCUGAGGAGGAGGCGGACUAUGUUCAUUUUCUAUUUUUUAGUCUUUUUUAAUUGUUAUCAUUUCUCAGUGAACCUGCACUGAAGCACACAGCCUCAUGAAAAGAACGAGGCAAAGACUGCAAACACUGACACAAUGAAAAAUCAAUGCAAAUCAAUGCAAGAAAUAUAAAUAUAUUUAAGAUGAGAAGAUAUUCCUGUGAGGGUUGGAGACCGGUGCUUCUCCUUCACUAAACGGACAGAGAAAGAAAAGAUUCAGAAGACUUGAAGCAAAGGAAGAACUUGAACUUCUGUCUUCGACUGGAAAGCAAGUCGCCUGCUACUCACAAGAUGGACAAAGCAUCUGGGAUCAGCAGAAGGAAAUAGCUCUGCUUUUUAAUCCUGGUCCCUAAAAGUAGUUAGCAGUAGUCAGUGGGACUAUGUUUGUGCUACUUUUAUUUGACAUGACGGUGUAAAAGAACAUAGAAGAGCUCUGAUUAUUCACUGCCAGCUGCACCAGGACGAGCGAGCUACUUUUUUAUUCAGGGUCAAACCUCUCUCAAUCUUUCUUCGUUACCAAGCGCAGUUGUUUUUUAAUGCAAAUGAUGGUAAAACUAUUUACAAUCCGAUUGAUAUGUCACAUCAUGCAAUCGCAAAACAUAUUAACUUUUACUAAUUCAGUUUUUUUUUAUGAAGAUACUUUAAUUCUAAUACAUAAGUAUAACCUCUAUGGAGUUUUGUUUUCCUUUAUUAUUGGGGGGAGAUAAAAUGAAGAUGUGUAACUAAGUCAUCUUUUUUUUUUUUUUUUGUUCUUGUUGUCCUUGACAUUUUCCAGCUCAGUGCCUAUACUGUAUCAUGGAGAGUCAAACUUUGAGCACUCCAUUAAAACAACAAUGUAUGUAGGCUGCCAAGGAAUGUAUACAACAGACACCAACCUGCAUCUAUCCGCAAAAAGCAGCUUUUGGUGCAGAUAUUCAACAAAACGUUGAGUGUUUUUUUUUUUUUUUUUAUAAAUCGUGACAUUCAGUGUCCAAAACAAAUGUUGUAGUUGUCUGUACAAGAUGUGUGCAGUCUGCUGUACUGGCACGAGAUGACCACUGCCAACUGGUGGUUGUGACAUCAAGGGAAAGCGCAAGAAUGAUGACUAUCUGGGCUGGUUUUUGAAAGUACUCUGGAAAUAUACAUAUAUUGCAUGCUUUCCACCUAGCCACACACCUGGACUAUCGGUAUCUCUUUGUGUGUGCCUGAGCAUGCAAUCAGAUCAGUUUGUAAAGGACUGGAGACGACUGAAUUCUGCUUCAAUAUUGUGGGGUUUGCUGAACUUGUUACCAGCACACGAUGUAUAUGUGGAGUCUUCAUCCUGAAUAUGUUGUAAAAAAAAAAAAUAUAUACGGAAAAAAAAAUGUUAUUCGGUGAUGAAAAUGUUCCUGCGGGUAAAUCUUUAGCUCCCAUACAUGAAAGUUACCUUUACAGCAGCCCUUUCUGUAUGGGAUCAGACUGUACAUGCUCCAGUAAUAUGUUAUUUUAUACAGAAUUGUGCAGGAGCAUUUUAGACCUGAACCAGCACAGGUAUGGAUGUUAUGUAGAGUAGCAAUUUUGUGACGUUAACUAAAAAAAAAAAAAAAAAAAAAAAAAAAAGUUACCAGUGGAGUGAACAAAUAGUAUCCGUGCCAAAUGGAGCUGAAUAUUUAACUUUGAUCGACCAGCAUAAUCUUGAGGAGGCACCUGUUUUGUAAAGUAUAAGUUGUGCUUUGAGUUUUAGUUCUUCACAAAUCCUCCUCUCUCUCACUUUCAGCAGCUUCGAACUAAAAAGCACAACAUUGUAAAAUACGUGCUGUCUCGUUCAGUCAUCAUCCGGCUGCGACCUCUCUCUAUCUUUCAGUGACGUUGCCAAAUUUCUGACCCUUCUUUCUGCGCUCAUUUGUAAGCUACAACGCUAAGGUGAACUGACUGUUAGGUUGAGAGGGAAAAAAA